AUGAAUGUGAACAACAGCGUGACCAAUUCUCACCCCACUACCGUUAAAAAUUUACUUGAUUCGUCUUCUGCAACCACCACAAUCACCACCGCAACCACGGCAACUAAUUUGACACAAACGCCACAAUCGAAAUCGUCAAAACACACCAGUCACUAUAAUAAUAAGCACUCAGAUCACUUGAACUCCGAAAUUAAUCGUUCCCAUCCAAGAUCAAUGUCUAAUUCCUUCGAUAUGUCUGCCAUUGCCGCAGAUUUACCUCCUAAUACCGGACCCCCGGGCACUGUGUCAAUCACGUCACCAAAUGGCAACUCUGGAAGUUCUUCUUCAACUGCAAACAAAAAUCUAAGCCAUGUUCCCUUUAAUUCCAAAAACUUGUUGAAUUAUAACAGUAAUGGUAAUGGCAAUUCGCAAACUCGACACCCAGGAGCUAGAAGAUCUGCUUCGUUUAAUAACUACAAUACAAAUUCUCACCAGAACAAUAAUACCUUGUUAGAAUCCAGUGACUCUACCUCGGUUUUUACUAACCAGCAAACAGUCAUUGGAACUUCUCCUACUAAUAGACAAAUAUCUAGUUCUAACAGCUUUGCAACUUUUAUCAACAUCGGAAAUAAUCAGCCACAGCAGCAGCAGCAGCAGCAGCAGCAGCAACAACAACAACAACCACUCAAAGCUCAAGUGCAACCUGCACCACAACAACAACCUAUUUCGUUGCAACCACAACAAUCUUUUACUCCCCAACUGAAUCAAUUUGUCAACAGAUCAAGUUCAUUCGGAAGCCAGGAAUCUAAUUAUUUCCUUCCACAACAAACACAGACAACGCACCAGCGUCAGAAUCUGCAACUGCAAUUCCAAUUCCCAGCUGCCAAUUUAUCGCAACCAUCUAUGUCACUCCAACUGCUGCUGUAUCUGUUUCAAUCACAGAAAACUCAACAACCUUUAUUCUUUGGAUCUAAUUCUUACUCGGGUGCCUUUAGUACAAAUAGUACAAUGGCUACUCAAGGUUCAUUGGCUCGGUCAUAUUCUACUACAGAUUAUCCCGUGAAUACUACCUCGCCACCCCAGACAGUGUAUAUCAAUGCAUUCACCAAUGGUCCACCAUCUGCCUCUUCUACAGUUACAAGAUACUCUUUUGGCUCGAGGUUAGCUACACCUUCAUCAAGUGCCACAGCAGGUUAUUUCUACCAAGAUAGUUCGGCAAUUGUUGACGAUGAUGAUUAUCAAGAUGACGCAGACUACUUGCCCAAAUCCUUAGUUUAUGAAGAGGAUUACGUUCCGGGAUCAUUAAGUGAAGUGAUUUUGACUCCUCAAGAGUUACAACGUCGUGAUUCACGGUCUCAAAGUGGUACUCUUUCAGUUAGACCUAAGUUGAAUACAUUGAUUGGGACAGGAAAUCCCAAUGAUACUGGAGGUUUAGUUGAGAUUGGAUUAGAUUACGGAAGAAAUAUAAAUUUGACAAGAGAUCCAUUUAAGAAGGAUAAUGGGAGAAUUGGUGCUCAUCAAGAAGAUGUAUUCUUGAUGGAGUAA